AUGGACAACUCCUCUAAACGCCGCCGACUGGAUCCCCCCAGAAACAACACUCGUAAUGCCCCUAUCGUCCAGUCUCCCGCUGAAUCCUCCUCCGACGAACUCGCCGCAGGCUCCGAUCACGACGAGGCACGCCGGCGUACCAGCUGGUCCAUCCAAAAGGCCUAUCCGCCAAAGCGCCCGUAUCCGAGGUCGCGCAGCUUCUCCGGCUCAGAAAGCCCGGACGAGUUGGCUGUGGACGCGGAGGAGUACUGGCGGUCGUCGCGCAGGAAUCGCGGCCAUCGCAGUCCCAGCCCGGUACAAGACUCGGACAUGAUGUCGGAGCGGUAUGAGGAUGAGGAGAUGGAUGAGGAAGCGGAGGACACUGAUCAGCAGGAUGAGCAGGAGGACGAGGCCGGAGAUGCGGAAGAUGAAGGCGACGACGGGGAAUAUUCAGAUCGUUCUCCUACACCUGUGCCUCCACCACCUCCUCCGCCUCCGCCUAAGCCGGAUAGGCUAAAUUAUAAAGAGAAGUAUUUGCUUCGGGGUCAUUUGCGGGGGAUUGCUGCUGUGCGCUUUUCUCCGGACGCGUCCAUGAUUGCUAGUGGUGGAGCCGACGGCGCAAUCAAAAUCUGGGAUACAUUAUCAGGCAAGCUUGUUCAUACAUUCGAGGGCCAUCUGGCAGGUGUGUCGACCAUUGCGUGGAGUCCCGAUGGGGCAACCAUCGCAUCUGGUUCGGACGAUAAGACCAUCCGCCUGUGGAAUGUAUCAACAGGCAAGGCGCAUCCCAUCCCCUUCAUCGGCCAUCACAACUACGUCUACCAAAUCGCCUUCUCCCCCAAAGGCAACAUGCUCGUCAGCGGCUCCUACGACGAAGCCGUAUAUCUUUGGGAUGUUCGCUCCGCCCGAGUCAUGAAAUCCCUCCCCGCACACUCCGACCCUGUUGGCGGUAUCGAUGUCGUCUGGGACGGAACCCUAAUCGCCUCCUGCGCAACGGACGGAUUAAUCCGAAUCUGGGAUACGGCCACGGGGCAAUGUCUCCGCACACUCGUCCACGAGGACAAUCCUCCUGUCACAUCAGUCAAGUUCUCGCCGAAUGGCAAGUUCGUGCUAGCGUGGACGCUGGACGAUUGCGUGCGGUUGUGGAAUUAUGUCGAGGGAAGGUGUAUCAAGACAUACCAGGGACACGCAAAUCGAAAAUACAGUAUUAGUGGUGGAUUUGGGAAAUACGGGUAUGCAGGCAUCCCACCAGAUGCAUUUGCGGUCAGUGGGAGUGAAGACGGGUCGAUACUGUGCUGGGACGUGGUGAGCAAGGAGGUCCUCCAGCGGAUCGAGGGGCAUAACGAUGUGGUCCUUGGUGUGGACACGUGCGUGAUCAAGAAUAAACGACUUCUGGUUAGUUGUGGGUUGGACCGGACGGUUCGCGUCUGGGAGGAGAUCGAAAGGUCUCCUGAGGAGGACCAAAACGAUGAACAAUCAGCUGAGGCAGAGUCCGAGUCCAAAGAUAGAGACACAGACAUGACAGACACCGUUGAAAACGCAGCGUUGCAACCAAAUGGCAUCCACCCUCCGAAUGGCGAUUUCAACACACCAAACGGCGACCUCCCAAACGGUGGCACACAAACUGGAGACGGUGACGGCGACGUGAUGAUGGAAUGA